AUGUCUCUCAGGUUCAAGUGGUUCCGCAAGAGCCUCAUUGUGUUCAUAAUUCUCCUCUACCUCCUCAUAAUCGGCUUCGCCUUCUUCUUGCGCCCGUAUUUGGCGCGGCAGGAUAGUGUCUGGAUUCUAGUGUCUAUCCCUCUGUCCAUGAUCGCAGGAUGCGUCAUGUCCAUAUUUCACGUCAAGUUCUUUGGCACGCCGCAGACAGUUGUCUGGGAGCUUGUGUGGCUGGCGGGAUUCCUUCCGUUCGCUCUCAUCGUGGCGUUCGUCAUUUACACGGGAACUACUGGCGAUGUGGCGCCUGCAGUCAUCUCCGUGCUGUAUGCGGCCGAGAUAGUGGUCUUCAUUGCGUGCUCGAUUCAUCUGCUCUACGCGCUCUCGCUGCUCCUUUCGGCUACCCUGACGUCCUUCGCCUUUGAUCGCGACAUCUGGACUCGCGACCUCGACGCCUCUCCGUCUCCCUUCCCGGCGGGCUUCUUGCUCCGGUACUACACUCCCUGCCUGCGCCGUUCCGCGACGAACCCGACGACCGAGAUCGAAUACGCUAUCCGCGGCUACCCGAUGCCUACUCCGCACACUGAGGAAACUGAGGUCAAGAUCGCUCCUUCGGCGCCGGACUCGCCUACCAUCUCUUCUGCUUCGCCCUCUGGUCUCGUGUCUCAGGCAUCGCAAGCUUCGUCUCAGGCUUCGGAGCGCAAACUCUCGGGUCAUCGUCCUACUGGCAGCAGAGCGUCUCUCGCGAGCACACUGAUUCAGGUCCCGGACGAGUUCCAGAAGCGCACCUCGAUACAAGUUUCGUUCCAGAAUGUAGUAUGAACAGUUGGAAGGUACAUGGGGAAGUACCUAUCGCCUGUAUGCUGGAUGUCUGUAGGGGUAGUUGGAUGAGUAACGCGGCUGAGAAGCUGUCGCUGUAAGAAAU